AUGCCUCCCAAGAAGCGGGGACCACCCUCUUCUUCGUCGGCGCCCAAACGAGUCCGACAAUCUAAACUAGCCAAAGAAAACGACCUGACUGCCGACGAAGAGAAUGAAAUAAGAGAAGUAUUCCAUCUAUUUUCAACCACAAGCGAAGAAUUCCAGAAUGAGAAGGAGGGUGUGAUACCCUGUGAAGAUGUUCGAAAGGCCCUAGUAGCACUUGGCCUUGCGCCCUCUGAUUCCAAAGAACUACACUCCAUCCUCUCCGCCCUUGACCCGACGGAUACCGGUUAUGUCCCCUAUACGCCUUUCCUAUCCGUCGCCGCGGCGAAGUUGAGAUCUCGUGGCGAGGAGGCGAUGGCCGCGGAAGUUGAUGCUGCAUUCCAGCUGUUUACGCGGGGUUCCGACGGUCCGAUUACUCUGAAUCACUUGAGGCGCAUUGCGAGCGAGCUGAAGGAAGAUGGACUGGGCGAUGAUCUCUUAAAGGAUAUGAUCAUCGAAGCAAACGGAGGGGCUGGAAUAGCUGCUGGUGUGACAUUGGAACAGUUUCACGAAGUGAUGACUCGGGCUGGCGUUUUCUGA